AUGCCAUUAUUUGUUAACAGAAAACAAUUCUCAUAUUUUUUACCAUUUGCAAAAAAUGGUAUUAAUAACCAAAUAGAACAAGCAAUACUUAGAGCAAAUAAAUUAGGUGUUAAAGUAAUUAGUCUUGCAGCAUUAAACAAAAAUGAAGGAUUAAAUGGAGGUGGAAUAUUAUUUAUUAAUAAAUAUCCUAAUCUUAAAGUAAGAGUUGUACAUGGAAAUACAUUAACAGCAGGAGUUAUCGUUAAUCAAAUUACUAAACAUGAUGUUAAUGAAGUUUUUUUGAGUGGAGCUAUUGCUCUUUACCUAUGUACUAAACAAGUUCGUGUUCUUAUGUCAACUUCAUCUAGUGAAAGAUUUCAAAAGAUACUUAAGGAAGCUCCAUAUGAAUAUCAAAAAUACCUUGUUCAUGUCACAAAGUAUCAAGCAGCUAAAAAUUGCAAGACAUGUAUAGUUGGAAAAUGGAUAACACCAAGAGAGCAAAAGUUUGCUCCUGUUGGUGCACAUUUUCAUCAAUUUGUGGUACCUCCUAUUUUGCCCUAUAGAAAUGAUUGUACAUAUGGUGAUCUUGCUGCCAUGAGAUUACCUCCUCAUGUUAAAGGACUUGGAUCAUGUGAGUAUACAAUGGAAAGAGGAGUUGUACAUGCAUGUCAUGCAGGAGGAGUUGUACAUUCAUUGGAAGGAUGGACUCACCAUGAAGUUGGGGCUAUUGAUGUACAAAGAAUUGAUUUAGUUUGGGAGGCUGCUUAAAACAUGGAUUAAUGCCUGUCUCAAGUUUUAAAAAGACUGAUUAAUGAAUUAAUUACUUGUUAUCUCAUUAAGUAACAAAUAUUCCAAAUUAAUUCAAAGUUUCCAAUUUGUAGGGAUUAAUGUAAUUUGGGAUGGCUAGAUUUAUGUUUAGUUGGA